AUGAGGAUAUCAGGGCUUUUGGCCUCUCUGGGCCUGCUGGUGGGAUCCGGGAAGGCGAUCGAGUUGGUCCUUGAGGAUGAAGCCUCCGUCAAGGCCGCCGCUGGCACAAUAGCAUUUGGGUUGGUCAAAUACUAUACCGGAAACAACACAGGCGAUACACCAGGCAACCUCCCCGAUCCAUAUUUCUGGUGGGAAGCGGGCGCCAUGUUUGGGACCCUGAUCGACUACUGGGCGCUGACCGGAGACGACUCGUACAAUGCCAUAACUGCGCAGGCCAUCCUGCACCAAGGGACCGAGAACGCCGACUUCCUGCCCCGGAACCAGACACGCACGCUCGGCAACGAUGAUCAAGGGUUUUGGGGGAUGGCGGCCAUGUCGGCGGCCGAGAAUAAGCUUCCCGACCCGCCCCCGGACCAACCGCAAUGGCUCGCGCUCGCCCAGUCCCUCUUCAACCAGUUCGCAUCCCGCUGGGACGAGGAGGCCUGCGGGGGCGGGCUCCGGUGGCAGAUCUUCACCUUCAACAACGGCUUCAACUACAAGAACUCCAUCUCCAACGGCUGCUUCUUCAACCUGGCGGCGCGGCUGGCGCGGUACACGGGCAACGAGACGUACGCGGUGUGGGCGAACAAGAUCUUCGACUGGGAGGAGAGGGUCGGGCUGAUCACGGAGGACCACACGGUGCGGGACGGGGUGCACGUCAACCUGGAGGACAAGACGUGCAAGAGCAUGGACCCCAACCGGUGGUCGUACAACGCGGGCAUCUUCCUGCACGGCGCCGCCGUCAUGUACAACCACACCAACGCCUCGUCCACCUGGCAAACCCGCGUCGACGGCCUGCUCGCCUCCACCCGCGACACCUUCUUCAACGACGAGGGCGUCGUCUUCGAGCAGCUGUGCGAGCCGAGCGGCUUCUGCAACAACGACCAGCGCAGCUUCAAGGGCUACCUCACGCGCUGGCUCGCCGGCACCACCCAGAUGGCGCCCUACACCUUCGACGCGAUCCACCCCCUCUUGGAAAACGACGCGCGCGCCGCCGCCGCCGUCUGCGUCGGCGACACCGUCGCGCCCGCCUUCAAGGGCCACACCGGCACCGCCUGCGGCUUCAGCUGGACGACACCGGGGAGCUUUGAUGGUUCGGUUGGUGUGGGCGAGCAGAUGAAUGCGCUCUCGGCUGUCAUGUACACGCUAGUGGGCCGCGUGGCCGCGCCUGUUACCGCCGAGUCUGGCGGUACUUCCAAGGGUAACCCCGGUGCCAUGGCGCAUGAGGAGCCGAUCGGGUUCAAGGAGAUCACGCUGGGCGAUAGGGUCGCGGCUGGGUUCGUCACGUCGGCGUUGGCGUUGGGGGUGGUGGCCGGGUCGGCGUUUGUGAUGAUAUAG